GCAUGUCAAAAGUCAAAAAUAACGCGACAUGUUAUAAGUCCGUGUGGUAUUUUUAAUGUGCCGAGUGAUCGUUUUUCGCAUGUACACAUCGAUAUAAUCGGUCCUAUGGUCAUGUCACGUGGUUGUACUUACUGUUUAACCGCUAUAGACAGAUUUUCUAGAUGGCCAGAAGUUUUUCCAAUUCAGGAUAUUUCGGCUGAAACCAUAGCUCGUACGUUAUUUGAAGGCUGGAUAGCUCGAUAUGGAGUUAUGGAGAGAUUGACAACAGAUCAAGGACGGCAAUUUGAGUCUACUCUGUUCACCGCAGUAACGCAAAUUUUAGGGUUUAGAAGAAUACGUACAUCAGCAUAUCAUCCACCAGCCAAUGGUUUAGUUGAACGAUUCCACCGAUCACUUAAAACGGCAAUAAAGUGUUACGAAACUGAGCACUGGACAGAUGUACUCCCCUCAGUUCUUAUGGGCCUUAGAUCAGUGAUUAAAGAAGAUCUAGGUUUAACACCUGCAGAAAUUGUAUUUGGAAGUACGAUUAGAUUACCUAAUGAGUUUUUUAUGCAGUCAUCAGUGGCGACAGACCCUUGUUCCUUUGCUGAAACACUAAAGAAAACAAUGGAAACCAUACGCCCAGUGUCAACUUCAAACCACGGAAGUAAAAAAGUUUUUAUAUAUAAAGAUCUAGCAUCCUGUUCACACGUUUUCGUUCGGGUCGACCGGGUCAAGAAACCGCUAGAACAACCAUAUGAAGGGCCGUACAAAAUUGUUCAACGAUACGAAAAAACCUUUAAAUUAUUAAUUAGGCAAAAAGAAUGUAUCAUAUCAAUAGACAGACUGAAGCCAUGUUUCAACGAAAAUGAAGAUAAUAACACAAAUCUAUCAAUAACAACGAACCAGCACAACCAGAGAAAUACAACUACAAGACCAACAAUAAUACAAACAAAACAAACCAAGUCAGGAAGAACCAUCCGCCUCCCCGUAAGGUUUUUGUAAAUUGUGAAUUGUAUAACUUUUAUAUUUGUAUUUGUAUUUUUAUAUUUGAUAUUUGUAACUAUGUAUGUUUAACGUAAAAUUAUCGUUUUCACUGGAAAGGGGGUAAUGUAGGGAUUAACAAAGAUGUUAAAUAACAUGUCACAAUGAAUGCGUUUAAAUAUGUUUAUAUGUUUUAUCUUAGAUGUACUGCAGUACGAUAACACUCCGUGUAUUUUUUUUUAUUCUCGCGCUGUUCGUCAAUCCAGUGACACUUUUUAUUUUGUACUCUUUUUUUAUGUAUGUAUAAAAUCAUUUUUCAUUAUUAAAAAGUAUUAAUUAUUAUAAAUUUUAAUUGUAGUAUUUU